AUGAAAUUUGUCUUUGCCGUCUUGGCGCUCGUCGCCGUCGCCACCGCCAGUGAGCUCAUCUCCGAAGGAGAGCUCGAGGCUCAUUUUAACCUAUUCAAGACCCGAUUCGGCCGAAGCUAUGCCAACUUUGAGGAAGAGAUCUUCCGAAAGCGCGUUUUUGCCAGCAACCUUGAGUUCAUCUUCAACCACAACCGAGAGUUUUUUGCCGGAAACAAGAACUUCAACGUCGCCGUGAACAACUUCACCGACAUGUCCAACACUGAGUUCCGCGCCCGCUUCAACGGUCUGCGCCACUCUGGCGUCCAGUCGGCCCCUGCCAUCCACAGCGCCUCCGCCGAGGGUCUGCCCGCCACCGUUGAUUGGACAAAGGUCAAGAACGUUGUGACCCCUAUUAAGAACCAAGAGCAAUGCGGAAGCUGCUGGGCUUUCUCCGCCGUCGCCUCGAUGGAGGGUCAGCACGGUCUGAAGACCGGCAAGCUGGUGUCUCUUUCUGAGCAGAAUCUCGUCGAUUGCUCCGCCGCCGAGGGCAACAUGGGCUGCGAGGGCGGUCUGAUGGACCAGGCUUUCCAGUACGUGAUCGCCAACAAGGGCAUUGACACUGAGAUGUCCUACCCCUACAAGGCCAUCGAUGAGAGCUGCGAGUUCAAGAAGAACUCCGUCGGUGCCACCAUCAAGAGCUACGUCGAUGUGAAGACCGGCUCCGAGUCCUCGCUGCAGUCCGCUGUGGCCACUGUCGGCCCCAUCUCCGUCGGAAUUGACGCCAGCCAGCUGUCCUUCCAGUUCUACUCGAGCGGUGUCUACGACGAGCCCGCCUGCUCCACCACCAUCCUCGACCACGGUGUGACCGCCGUCGGCUACGGUGCCCUCAACGGAACUCCCUACUGGAAGGUCAAGAACAGCUGGGGCACCAGCUGGGGAAUGAGCGGCUACAUUUUCAUGUCGCGAAACAAGCAGAACCAGUGCGGUAUUGCCACCGCUGCCUCGUGGCCCGUUGUCUAA